UGACCAUUGACUCCUCCAGGGGAGAUCUGAGCCGCUGCGAGCUGCCUGCAUGACUCUCCCCAGAUCGAAGAUGGCGGUGUCCGUGUUCCCAGGCGUGCGCCUCCUCUCCAUCGGAGACGCCAAUGGAGACAUACAGCGACAUUCAGAGCAGCAGCCUCUGCGACUAGAGAUCAAAACCAACCAGGACGCGGCUCUCAUAAGCCUCUCGAACAACGAGGAGACAUGCGUCUUUAAGUGUUCAGUAUCAAGGGAGACAGAAUGCAGUCGUGUUGGGAAGCAGUCCUUCAUCAUUACUCUGGGCUGUAACAGUGUCCUCCUGCAGUUUGCAUCUCCAGCAGAUUUCUCAUCAUUCUAUAACCUCCUGAAGAAUUGCCGUGGACACAGGGGCGAACGUUCAGUCUUCAGUGAGAGGACGGAGGAGUCCUCAGCUGUACAGUAUUUUCAGUUUUAUGGCUACCUCUCUCAGCAACAAAACAUGAUGCAGGAUUACGUGCGAACUGGAACAUAUCAACGAGCCAUCCUCCAGAAUCAUACAGACUUCAAGGACAAAGUGGUUCUGGAUGUAGGUUGUGGCUCUGGAAUUCUAUCAUUUUUCGCAGCUCAGGCUGGUGCUCGUAAAGUUUAUGCCGUGGAGGCCAGCACCAUGGCUCAACAUGCAGAGGUUCUUGUGAACAGCAACAGGUUGUCAGAGCGUGUUGUGGUGAUUCCUGGGAAAGUGGAGGAAGUGUCCCUACCCGAGCAGGUGGACAUUAUUAUCUCUGAACCCAUGGGCUACAUGUUGUUCAACGAAAGGAUGCUGGAGAGCUAUCUACAUGCCAAGAAAUUCCUCAAGCCUAGCGGCAAAAUGUUUCCAACCAUUGGAGACGUUCACCUCGCUCCUUUCACAGAUGAGCAGCUUUACAUGGAGCAGUUUACGAAGGCCAAUUUCUGGUACCAGCCAUCUUUCCAUGGGGUGGAUUUGUCUGCGCUGAGAGGAGCUGCGGUUGAUGAAUACUUCAGACAGCCUAUUGUGGACACUUUUGAUAUCAGGAUCCUUAUGGCCAAAUCAGUGAAAUAUACGGUCAACUUUUUAGAAGCUAAGGAAGACGAUCUUUACAAGAUAGAAAUCCCCUUCAAAUUCCACAUGAUGCAUUCAGGGCUUGUACAUGGGCUGGCUUUUUGGUUUGAUGUCGCAUUCAUUGGAUCAGCGAUGACUGUGUGGCUCUCUACGGCCCCCACCGAACCCCUCACUCACUGGUACCAGGUGCGCUGUCUGCUGCAGUCACCUCUCUUUGCCAAGGCAGGGGACACAAUGUCAGGCACUGCACUUUUAAUCGCCAACAAGAGGCAAAGCUAUGACAUUAGUAUUGUUGCUCAAGUGGACCAGACAGGCUCCAAAUCCAGUAAUCUACUUGAUCUCAAGAACCCCUUCUUCCGGUACACGGGCACAACACCCACCCCACCUCCAGGGUCACACUAUUCCUCCCCCUCAGAGAACAUGUGGAACACGGGGGGAACCUAUAGCAUGAGCCAAGGCAUGGCUGUGUCAGGGAUGCCUACAGCUUAUGAUCUCAGCACUGUCAUCGGUGGCAGUGGGACAACAGUGUCCCACAACAAUCUCAUCCCCCUUGGUACAGACACGCAUGCACUGAACACGGGGAUUGUGAAUCACACUCACUCCAGAAUGGGCUCUAUAAUGAGCACCGGAAUUGUCCAGGGGGCCACAACUGCCCAGCAGGGUCCCAGCAGCAGCAGUCCUCAUUACCCCGUUACCAACCAGUUCACCAUGGGCGGCCCUGCUAUCUCCAUGGCAUCUCCUAUGGCCAUCCCCAGCAACACCAUGCACUACGGGAGCUAAGGCCAAGGGAUGGCUUCUGCAUGUCCAAUUCCCCCAACCCUCUACCCCUGAAGAUCAACCACAGCCAAAUUCAGAAUACCAAAACCAGUGCACCAGUUUCUGACCAUCACUUUAUAUUCUCUCCCCCUCUCUCUCUCUCUCUCUCUCUCUCUCUCUCUCUCUCUCUCUCUCUCUCUCUCUCUCUAUCUCUCUCUCUCGCCUAUCUCUAUAUAUAGAUAUACAUGUAUACGUAUAUAUAUAUUCUAAACUCUUUCUUUAUCUCACUGGUGUUUUAUUCUUACAUAUCCGUCCCACGACCCUAUAACGCUAGUGUGCACAGGCAUUCGGCCAGUUCAACACGUCUGAGGUGUGUCAUUGUUACUCUUCCCCUCCCCAGCCGCACGCAGCACCUGCUCCACACCAGCCACUAGGAGGCAGCACUUGUCUGUAAGCAUGCUGAAAAAGCACAAACCAGAGACUCAAGACUCAACAGAAAGGACUCGGUCCGAGAAACGCUGUCGACGGGGCACGUUUUUUUUUUUUUUUUUUUUUUUAAAUAUAUAAAUGCUUUACAAAUCUCUACAUGUUCCCCCUUACUUCAUGAACUCCCACUUUUUUUAGCCGCACAUAAUCCAUCAUCGACUGACUAUUGAUAUGAAUUGCAGAUCUAUUACAGGAUCUUGCUACUGUUCAUGACAACCCGUUGAACCUACUCUUCACUCUUGUCUUUUUCACGUUUCCAGCGACAUCGACUGGCCAUCGCAUCUCGAUUCUCUCAGCAUGGGCUUUUGACAGCCACAUCGACUCACCUAAAAUGUUCACAUGAAGCGAUGGACACGUGCUGUAGGCUUGCAGAGUUCAUUAUGACUACUACCACAGUACCGCUGGAUCCUGCCUGUAUACAAAUAUAGCGUAGAUAGAGAUCGUCUUACUUUUCAUUCCAUUCCUGACUGUUUUAACGUAGUGCAGUCCCAGAUUUAUGUAUUUUGCUUGGUGUUCCCUGAGGUGAAUUCUGGGCAUGGUUUAUCGAGACCGCUACUGUCGACCCCGGACUCCCAACAUGAAGCAAAUCUGACUUAUAAAUUGACAGAUUCAUCCUCAGUCAAUUUUAAGGACAUAAAAGGUUUCAGGAAUAAAAGAACCAGCAUCAAACCCUCCACUACCAGCCAAGGAGGACGGCGGAGUGCUGGGACGGACAGACAGCAUCUAGGGGGAAGAAGACAGAAGGAUGAAUGACAUAAACCGUGAGGUCCAUGGACACACACUGACCGCUGCAGCAGGGCUACUGUUUGGAAUGGCAGUAUCCUAGUUUACAUCUCUUGAACCUUUAUUUUGUCAACUUCUGUGUGUUGUGAGACUCGUGGAGGAAAGGAGAUCAAGUGACGCCUGACUAGCUAUAACUUUCCUCCUCAUUUCCUCCUCUCUCUCCCUCCUUCCCCUCCUACAACAGGGAUAUGACGAAAACCCCAUCAAAGACUUUGAAGUCGUAUGCACCGCUUCCAGUCAAAAGAAAAUCUGUUCAUUUGGUUUGAAAUAGCAACUUUCAUGAGAUGAAAACAACCAUGUCUGUUAGUUUGUAGGAUUAACGUUUUGUUUUGGUUUUCUUUCACAAAAAAAGCAACAGACAAAAAAAUGAGCAAAUUAAAUGUUGAUGGAGAAGUC